AUGUCGCUGUUUGCGGCUACUGGCGCCUUCUGGAACAAGUCAGAUACGCUGAAUGGGACCGGAGUCCAACAGGAGGAGGGCCGGAACUACAGCGCCCUGCUGUAUGCGUUGCUCAUCUUAGUGGUGGUAUUUGGGAACUCGCUGGUUUGCCUGGCGGUGCUGAGGGAGAGGGCCCUGCAGACCAGCACCAACUACCUGGUGGUCAGUCUCGCUGUCGCCGACCUGCUGGUGGCCAUCCUGGUCAUGCCCUGGGUGGUUUACCUGGAGGUGCUGGGGGGAGACUGGCCUUUCAGCCGGCUCUCCUGCAACAUCUUCGUCACCCUGGAUGUUAUGAUGUGCACAGCCAGCAUCCUCAACCUGUGUGCUAUUAGCAUCGACAGGUACCUGGCAGUGGUGAUGCCUGUCCUCUACACCGCCAGCCGCAAGUCCCGCGGCCGAGUGUCAGCCAUGAUCGCCACCGUUUGGAUCCUUGCCUUUGCCGUGUCGUGCCCCCUGCUGUUUGGAUUCAACACCACAGACAAAGCCAGCACCUGCUCCAUCUCAAACCCUGAGUUCGUCGUCUACUCCUCUGUGGUGUCCUUCUACCUGCCCUUUGUGGUCACUCUGCUGGUGUACAUGCGCAUCUACGUCUUCUUUAAAAGGAGGAGACGGAGGAGAAGAAUGACCAGCUGUGGGGCCAGCGUGAGAGUGCAGGAGGAGUCCGUUACGGAGAGAGAGGCGUCCUCCAUUGAGAUCAAAGUGGCAAGGAGGACCAGGCGGAGGCCACAGGCCCUGUGCGGCCCUCAUUUCCCCUCCACUUGCCUGCUACACUGGAAGUUCAAAAGCCCCACCGUGGAGGACAGACGGGCAGCAGAAUCGGCAGACUCUUACAAUGUGAGCCAGGCAUCGUUGCCGCGACUGGACAUCGAGCUCCAACAGAGGGAGGCUCAGGAGGAGAGCUUGGCAGCAGAGAGCAAAAAGGAGGCAGCCAAGAGGAGGCAGGGGGUAAAGAAUCUACCCAAUGGACAGACCCUGGUCUCUCUGCACACUGCCCAUAGGGGUGGGAACAUGCAGACGCGGGAGAAGAAGGCAACACAGAUGCUGGCCAUUGUGCUGGGCGUCUUCCUCAUCUGCUGGCUGCCCUUCUUCGUGACCCACAUCCUGAAGACUCACUGCAAGGGCUGCCAUGUGCCCAACCAGCUCUACAGUGCUGCCACCUGGCUGGGGUAUGUCAACAGUGCUGUCAACCCCAUCAUCUACACAACGUUCAACGUCGAUUUCCGGCGUGCCUUCAUCAAGAUCCUCUCCUGCUGAGCAUAGACCCACCCCUCUCCCCGCUGCUUGCCUGGGACAAACAGCCCAGAUAACCUGAAAUGGCAUGUGACUCGCUCUACUGGCCUGCGGGAACCAAGGACAUGGAGAAGGUCCCCAGUGACUGAAGGUUUACCUGUGAAACGGAAGCUGAAAUUCUAACCCAAUCUGUUAAAGGACAUCAGCCCAGAGGAAAAGGGUGAUGAUAGUACUGGAAGGCCAUUAGGGCUCACCCCACAAAGCAGAGGGAGGAGAGCGCCCCCUGCUGCCUGGUGAGAACCUGCAUCUU